AUGUCAUCAUCUUCAUCCGAUGAAGUCGAUGCAAGAUUGGACGAAAUUUGUGAUGAAUACGUGGAAGAAAUAUACAACGACAUAGUGGAGACCCAAACCAUACCACAAAGGACACGUCAGUAUGUUGAACGACACCGCGAAGGAGGACAAGACCAGUUAUGGAAUGACUAUUUCAGCGAAGAUCCGACAUUCUCGACUGCAAUUUUCAGACGCCGUUUUCGCAUGAAUCAGAAUUUAUUCUUGCGUCUUGUUCAUGGCCUAGAAGAGUACUUUCCAUUCUUCCAGCAAAGAAGAGAUGCGACCGGGAGAUGGAGUCUUACGGCACUACAAAAAUGUACUGCUGCUAUUCGACUGCUUGCUUAUGGUAAUGCGGCUGACACCGUUGAUGAAUAUCUCCGACUUGCUGAGACCACUGCACUUUCGUGUUUACAUAAUUUCACAGACGGAAUUAUACAAUUAUUCGGAAAUGAGUAUCUACGACGACCCACACCGGAGGAUCUCCAACGGCUAUUAGAUAUUGGAGAGAAACGAGGGUUUCCUGGGAUGGUCGGGAGCAUUGAUUGUACCUUAAACGAUAUUAAUGUUCUCGAUCGAUCUCCUGUUUUUGAUGACCUUUUACAAGGUCGAGCUCCGAGGGUAAAGUACAUGGUCAACGGACACACGUAUAAGUUGGCGUACUACCUCACAGACGGUAUAUAUCCAAAAUGGUCGACAUUUAUCCAAUCUAUCACACUCCCACAAACUCCUCAACAUGAGUUAUUUGCUAAAGUUCAAGAAGCAACCCGAAAAGAUGUGGAGCGGGCUUUUGGAGUUUUGCAAUCUCGAUUUGCAAUUUCGAAGAUGAACGGGAUGGAUACUAUCGUAUUGAUAUAUCUGAAUUUGAAGAAGGAGACGCCUCCAGAUGUUCAGAGGUGGAAACCGAGAUGCCAACAAAUCUGA